AUCUUAAAACCUUAACCAACCACGUCCACGUAAAGUAUCGCUGCCCAAAAUUCAACCACCCGACGCAGUGCAGUACGGUUCGGUUGUAGCAACUCCCGAGUUUAAUCUUGACUCCAGAAGCAAGUCUGUGGUGUAUCACGAUGAAGUUGCUCUGGGUCAUGUUCUGCGUGACGGUGAUGCUUCAUCAAUCGAUGGGAUCACCGGUCAAAAGGAAUUCUCAGCCUGAUUUGGAGAUGGCAAACAAGUUCGAGGAAGUAGGUGGCAACUUUGAAGGAGACAUUGAACUUACGAGUGAUCAAGAGAAAGCGGUAAAGUAUGGCUACACAGCUAUUAUCGGAGAGUCGUACAAGUGGCCCAACAACAUCGUACCGUACACGAUCGAUACGUCAGCGUUCACUAUCAGCCAACAGAACAGCAUUCUGUUCGCCAUCCAGCAGAUCGAGCUUGUAAGCUGUGUACGGUUUAAGCCUCGUACGACUGAGACGGAUUACGUAACAGUGAGGGGCGAAGGUACUGGCUGCUGGGCUAGUUUGGGUCACCGUGGUGGACCACAGACUGUGAACCUGCAGCCGAACGGCUGUAUGUCCCGCGGUACAAUCAUCCACGAGUUCCUGCAUGCACUCGGGUUCGUCCACAUGCAGAGUGCGUCCGACCGUGACUUCUACGUGACGAUCAACUGGAGUGCGAUGCAGGCUGACAGGGCAUCCAACUUCGAGCGGUACAGCUCGAACGUGGUGGAAGACUUUGGCAUUCCGUACGACUACGACAGUGUCAUGCACUACGGACCGACGGCAUUCACGUACAAUGGACAGCCUACGAUCGUUCCCAAGCAGCCUGGUGUUACGAUCGGGCAGCGCGUGGGCCUUAGCUACAAGGACAUCAAGCGACUUAACUUCUUCUAUCCGAACUGCUACUAAACGAGUCAGCAGACAGGAGCUGUUGCCGUUUGGAUAAAAAGACGCUGCACGCUAUGUCUGUGUGGAGAAGAAAGAGUAGGUCGUGUGUUUGAUGUUCCACCAAUCUAUUACUAUUAAAGGAAGGGUAAGGUUUUCGAGAGAUUAACAUUAAAAAUUAGAUACUAGACAGCACGAGAAAUCCGACAUUUUCUUGUACGACCUACAUGCCUAGGCUUACAGUGGCAGACUUGCCUGUAGAAUUGCCCUAGCAUCAAUGAAGUACCUACAUACGGCCAGCCGUUGUACGGGAUCAUAAGAACACACAGCAUACCUGUGUUGAUAUGAGUUGCUUCUACAAAACAAUUCGUAUCGUUUUACUCGUUUCCAUACUA